UCUCUCACACACACACACACACACAUCGAUGGUCACUCUUCGAACUCACCAUGCGCACCUCCUUCAACUCGGCUGUCAUUCACCGAGAUUCCUCCACUUUCGAAACCCUAAUUCCAUUUCAUUUUCCAAGAAACCGCAUUUUCCUGGGAAAAUCGGGUUUUUGAGUUCUGGUUUUGGAAACACAAGUCGAGGGAAUUCGUUUAAUUGUUGCUUUUUAAGCAAUGGAAAUACUGAAGUUGAGACUGUCACGGCUAAGGAUGAGAGAGAAAGGCCUUCGUUUGAUAUCAAUCUGGCUGUCAUUCUUGCUGGUUUUGCAUUUGAAGCCUACACAACCCCACCUGAGAAUUUAGGAAAGCGAGAGGUGGAUGCAGCCAAUUGUAAGACAGUGUUUCUAUCAGAGUCUUUUGUGCGUGAGAUUUAUGAUGGUCAGUUAUUCAUAAAGCUAAAGAAAGGUUUUAAUUUUCCUGCCAUGGAUCCAUGGGGAACAAGUGAUCCAUAUGUGGUCAUGCAAUUGGAUAGCCAGGUCUUCAAAAGCAAAGUUAAAUGGGGGACAAGAGAACCAACAUGGAAUGAGGAGUUCACUCUAAAUGUCAAGCAGCCCCCAUCGAAGGAUCUUCAGGUCGUAUUCUUUUAG